GUCCAUCUCUUUCUCGCGAGUCACAACAACUGGGAAGAAGACGUCCACGACGAGUGAUGACGGAGAGAGAGAGAAGAGAAUUGGAAAAAGGAUUUGCUGUUCUUUUCGCUUCGUUCCUCUCAUUAAUUAGCAGAAAGACUUUACCCGCGUAAGCGAAAGUCCAUCUUUCAUUUCUCACAAAAUUUCCCACAACUGAUCUUCGUCUCGUCGUCUUAAAGUUUCGAUCGUUUCUGUAUUUCGUAGUUGGAUUUCUACUAAUUUAUACGAAUUAGAGUGAGGUUUUUCUGCACGAAAUUAAUCUGAAGUUAAGGUUUCUGCAGAACAGCAGAAGAACUGGAGUUGCUAGGGUUUUGCGGAUAUGCAGGUCAAAUUGAAUUGCAGCGGAAUUGGUAGGUCUUUGAGGUUGGGGAACUUCAGUAUUGAAUGGAGCUGUAAGUUCUUGGGGAAUUUGUUUUGAAGGAAGAUUCAUAUUGUGUUUGUAAAUUGGAUUUCUUUUAGUUUAUAUAGGACUUCAGAACUCAGGAGGCGGUUUGAUUGAAUUCAACGAGAAACUAGGGUUACAUAUUUGACUGGGUGCGAGCUGGGGUUUAUGAUGGUAGAUUGAUAAUGGUGCGGCUUCUAGGAUUGAGUCGUGGAGAAUUGGAUGAUUCGCCUCGCGAGAUUACCAGAACAAAUCCAACGAGUGAGACUGGGGAGAGUGGGUGGCUUAUCCGUUUCUUUGAUUCGGCGUUUUUUUGCGAGUGGAUUGCAGUUAGUUACCUGUACAAGCAUGAUCAUUCGGGUGUCCGAGAUUACCUCUGCAACAGAAUGUACAGUCUUCCACUCUCCGGCAUUGAGAGCUACAUCUUCCAGAUUUGCUACAUGCUGGUACACAAGCCCAGCCCUUCAUUGGAUAAGUUUGUUAUUGACAUGUGCUCGAAGUCUUUACAGAUUGCACUAAAGGUUCACUGGUUCUUGAUGGCAGAGCUUGAGGACUCGGACGAUAAUGAGGGAAUCAGUAGAAUUCAGGAGAAAUGCCAGAUAGCAGCGACACUGAUGGGUGACUGGCCCCCACUGGUCCGCCCUCCUAAUCCCCCUGCAAGCCCUGGGAGCAAGAACCAGAUUCUCAACAAGCUACUCUCAUCGAAGCAGCGAUUACUGUCACUGACCUCAUCUCCCCCAACGCAGCGCUCAUUUUCCUUCUCACCUUCAUCUGUAAACAACUCUUUACAGGAAGAGGGUAAUAAGCUUUCCCCUGAUGAGAAUAAGCUCUUCAAGAAGUUGAUUCCAGGUCCAAAAGUCAGGGAUGCUUUGCUUUUCAGGAAAUCUGUGGAUAAGGAUGACGAAGACACAGAGAAAGAUAGUUUCUUCCGGAGACUUAUCAGAGAGAGUAAAGAUGAGGACGAGGAGCUGAUGUCAAGCUCUGAUGGGUUCUUCAAACGGUUAUUUCGUGAUAGCAAAAGUGACUCGGAGGAGAAAGCAAGUUCAAAGUCCGGAGAAGAUGAUGAAAAAGAAGGGUUCUUCCGUAAAUUAUUUAAAGAUAAAUUUGAUGACAAAAAAGAUGUUAUUGACAGAAAUGAUGAUGAAGAUAAGGGAAACUCAAAUGCUGACGAAGAAGAGACUUCAGAUUUUUCUUUGUUCCGUAGAUCGUUUCGUGUGCAUCCUGAAGAAGACAAAGCUGCAGUAACAAAUGAAAAUUCUAAUUCUGGUGGUUCAUCUGAAAGUAGUCCUGGAACAGAGAGUUUUUUCCGUAAGCUAUUUCGAGAUAGGGAUCACUCUGUGGAGGAUUCAGAGGUGUUUGGUUUGAAAAAGCACAAAGAGAAGCGUCCAGGUUCACCAAGGCAAAGAAAUGAAAAAUCACAUGCGAAACCUCCAUCACCUUUGGCAUCUCAGAUUCGCAAAGGGACCUAUCAUGUUUCGUUGGACAUUGUCCAAUCACUGUGUGAGACUUCAUAUGCACUGGUGGAUGUAUUUCCAAUUGAAGAUCGCAAAAAAGCUCUUCUUGAGUCACUUGCAGAGAUCAAUUCACUUAUAGAGGCUGCUCAAAGUAGUGGAGGAGUCUGCUUUCCAAUGGGGAAAGGGAUGUAUCGUGUGGUCCAUAUACCUGAAGAUGAAGCUGUUCUCUUGAAUUCUAGAGAAAAGGCACCUUACUUGAUAUGUGUUGAGGUUUUGAAAGGUGAAACACCAAGCCGUAGAAAGGAAACAUCCAGUGCUCAAAAGCUUUCUAGAGGAGGGAUUCCAUUAGCGAAUGGAGAUGCACAAUUGCCAAAGCCUCCUCCAUGGGCAUAUCCUUUGUGGACUGCACCAGAUGUGUAUCCUAGUGGUGCUGACAGGAUGUCAAGAUCAACUUCUCAAGCUAUUGACCAGGCAAUGGCACAAUUAUGGGAAGCCAAGAUUAAAUUUGUUAAUGUGACCCUUUCUGUAGAGAAGCAAUUGUCUGAUUCAGGAUCUGGCAUCAGAAGUUCAAACCCUACUUCAGUAGUAAUGGCAACAAAUAAUAGUGAAUGUGCAAAAUAUUCUUCUCAAGAAUUAGAAGCACGGCAUAAUAACAAUUUACAAUGGGUAAAAGUUGUUUUGACAGUAGAUCCUGGGGUAAGCAUGGAAGACAUAGAGGAACAAGAGUCACCACGUCGAAAGGAUCACCGCCGUGUUCCGAGCACAAUUGCUAUAGAGGAAGUAAAGGCUGCUGCAGCAAAGGGUGAGACACCUCCUGGACUUCCUUUAAAAGGGGUGCACCAAGCAUCAUCUGAUGCACAACCCAAGGUAAGAAAUGGUGGUGUACCUAAGGCAACUGAUGCCUUAGCUGGUGAACUUUGGGUGGUAAAGAAAGAGAGGAUACGCAAAGCUUCAGUAUAUGGAAAAUCCCCAGGCUGGGACUUGCGUUCUGUUAUUGUAAAAAGUGGUGAUGAUUGUAGGCAGGAACAUCUUGCUGUGCAACUAGUUUCUCACUUCUAUGAUAUAUUUCAAGAAGCUGGUCUCCCCCUCUGGUUGCGUCCUUAUGAAGUCCUGGUUACAUCUUCAUACACAGCGCUUAUUGAAACAAUUCCAGAUACGGCCUCAAUUCAUUCUAUCAAAAGUAGGUUCCCUAACAUCACAAGCUUACGUGACUUUUUUGUGGCCAAGUAUCAAGAAAACUCUCCAAGUUUUAAGCUAGCCCAGAGAAAUUUUGUUGAAAGCAUGUCUGGGUAUUCUAUAUUAUGCUAUCUUCUACAGGUGAAGGAUCGUCACAAUGGAAACCUCUUGCUGGAUGAAGAAGGCCAUAUUAUACAUAUUGAUUUUGGCUUUAUGCUUUCCAAUUCACCAGGGGGUGUGAAUUUUGAGAGUGCACCAUUUAAGUUAACUCGUGAACUUCUUGAGGUCAUGGAUUCUGAUGCUGAGGGGGUUCCGAGUGAGUUCUUCGACUAUUUCAAAGUAUUAUGCAUACAAGGUUUCCUAACAUGCCGUAAGCAUGCAGAGCGCAUCAUACUUCUGGUUGAAAUGUUACAGGAUUCUGGUUUCCCAUGCUUUAAAGGUGGUCCACGGACAAUACAGAACCUUAGGAAAAGAUUUCAUUUGAGCUUAACUGAAGAGCAAUGUGUGUCUUUGGUACUCUCCCUCAUAAGUAGCAGCCUAGAUGCAUGGCGGACACGGCAGUAUGAUUAUUAUCAGCGGGUCUUAAAUGGGAUAUUGUGAAGCUAUGAUGUUUCUGGUUAAGAUGGGCUGGUCAUGUGAAGAAUUGCAACCAAAGAUACUUGCCUCUAUUAGAGUGCUGACAAACUUGAGGAGUUGGUACUCUCUGAGCUGGCUAUGAAGUUUUUGGUUGAAGUUGAAUAUAUUGGUUUGUGGUCUCAUUCCUUCUCAGAUUUGAGAAAAGUUUUGCAGAUGCUAGGAAGCUACCCAGCCAAAAUAUGUGGCAGGGUUUCUUUCCUAUUUGUUGGGUGUAAUUUCAAGAUGACUGUUGUUUUCUGAGACUUGGAAGAGAUGCAGACCAGCUGCUCACCUUUGUCAAAUUGUACAGAAGAUGAUUCGGGUGGAUUUUUCUGAGCCAAACUACAAUUGACUUCAAACUGAAUGUUCCAGUUUGAUACUCAUCAUGAUACUCAAAAGAAUGUUCCAGUCAAAAGAGGUGGUCUUGCUAAGAGUUCAGGCUGGUGGAAGGAUCUGAAAGAGUGGUCCUUGCAAUGUUUGUACAUCUUAACCGUUUUUGAGUGGAUUGAUUCUUUGGUUGAACGUGGAGAUUCUCCAAGAUUGCAAAGGUCCAGUGCUGUUUCUUCCAAUCAACGCUUAUUAAUGGUUUUAUGCCUACCUUGGCAUGAAACUCAAAAUGUUCAAAUGCCCACAAGGAAAAUUGUUUAUGUUGUAUCAAAACGCUUGAAUGUAUAAUAUAUAUUUUUGCUACACUGUUUCUUGUACAAGGUAAUCGAUUCAUUUGC